UUAAGUAUAGAUAUAGGGUGUGAGACGGCGAAUGCGAGUUUAAUAUCUAUUUUGUUGAGGCAUAACACUAACAAUCGCUGUUGUGAACAAACAAACGCUGACUUGAGCUUCAAUGGCGGUGAAAAUCUUGAUAGCGUCAAUCUUAGUAAUUGCAGCAUCUCUUUGCUGGGUAUCGUCGGCUGAUUCGUCUGAAGCUGCAUUCGUCAAAAAGACCAUCUCUGCCCACAAGAUCGUCAUCUUCUCAAAGUCCUAUUGCCCGUACUGCAGGAAGGCAAAAUCUGUGUUCAAGGAGUUGAAACAAGUUCCAUUCGUUGUGGAGCUUGAUGAGCGAGAUGAUGGAUGGAAUAUUCAGGAUGCCUUGAGUGAGAUUGUUAGUAGGCGUACUGUACCACAGGUUUUCAUUAAUGGGAAACACAUUGGGGGGUCAGACGAUACUGUUGAAGCAUAUCAGAGUGGAAAAUUGGCUAAGCUGUUGGGUAUUGAGGUAGGGAACAAGGAUGAUCUCUGAGUCCAUAAACAAAAUUGAAUGUUUGUUGCCAGGGUAAAUUUUGAUUUUAUUGCUUUUAAGGUACUUUAUUUUACUUCAACUUUGAACUGUGAACCUUAUGUUCCAUGCAACUUUCCGAUGUCCUAAAAGCUUUCAUACUUGAAA